AUGAACAAGAUCCUGCUGGCGCUGCCACCACCCGCCCUGCAGUACUCUGCCAACCUGAUUUCGUUCUACUUUCAACACGUACGACCGCGCCAGGUCAUGGUGCGUAAACACCUUCGUCGCCUUAUCCUCCUGGUCCUGUUGCUCAACCUCAAGUCCCUGCCGGGGGUGUUCCACGCAAAGAUGGGCCUCCGCAUCGCAGCCGUGCAGCUGUAUUCGUUGAGCCAUCGCAAAGGAUUCAGGAUUAAACCAACAGACACCAGCGUGGUCAGAGAACGGGUCUGGGUCGAUGACCUCGACCUCAACUUCCAUUUCUCGAACAGUUCCUAUGGUAAGAACUGUGACUAUGCGAGGGUCAAGUACGUGACAUCCCUCUUCGGCUCCAGUGUCCUCCCGUUGCACCCACUUCGCAAGAUCGCCUUCGUGUUGGGAGGGAACCAAUUUUUGUUCAAGAAAGAGAUCACACUCUUCCAGUCCUUCGAGAUCCGAACUCGAUUGUUGGCCUGGAACCAGAAAUGGUUCGUGAUCGAACACAGGAUGUAUACUCCUUCUCGCAAAACUGAAGGCGCAGGAGAACAGACAUUGUGCGCAAUUGGCAUCUCCAAGUUCGUGUUGAAGCACGCAGGUGGGUCAUGGAAGAACAAGACGAUUCCGUUCCUGGACGCACUCGAGAUGGUCGGACAUGAUGUCAAAGAGCUCAGGGUGCUUGAGGCCAAGUCUGAUGGUGGAAACGUAGUCCUGUUGCCAAAGGAGGAGCUCGAGUUCAGGUCGUUUGAUGGCUGGACCCACCGUGGGGCAGCUGUUGGCAAUGCACUCGAGUUGUGUGAACAUAUGUUGGCACAGGAGUAA